AGCACAAUGACGAAAAUGUUCCGAAGCAUUUUGAAACAUGAAGGUUUCGGCGGACUCUACCGCGGUAUCGGUCCCAACAUGUUGAAAGUCAUUCCGGCCGUCAGCAUAUCCUAUGCCUGCUACGAGCAGUGUAGGGGUGCUGAGGAAAUGAAUUUUCCUGGAAGUAAAAUGUGCAAACGACACUACCACCACUAUUCUCUUGAACGUCCAGAUGGGCUUGCUAAGCUUGGCUUCUCUUUGGGAAUUGGAAUGAAGUUGGAAGUUCCAGGCACGGCUUCCCAGCCCGUCAAUCGCAGUAGGUGGGGGGAGGAUUUGUCGUGGCAGGCUUAUUUAUAG